AUGCUAUAUAAUAGGUUGACCCUAUUGCUCACCACAAUCCUAUCGCUUUUCAUAACCAAGAUCGAGGCAAGAAGAAAACUAUCGGCAACGUCGCUAGUAACAUGUAUGGAAAAUUCCCAGAUUUCCCCAACAUAUUUCAACGUCACCUUCAACCCAGAUGAUAAUUCUUUGAGAUACGCAUUAUCUUUAACUACUGAGAUCAGUGGAAAUGUUAUAGCCCACGUACAAGUUUAUGCUUAUGGGUUUCUUGUUAUUGAAAAAGAUGUUGAUAUGUGCGGUAUUGGCUGGAAACAGUUUUGUCCACUUUAUCCGGGAGCUUUGCAAGUUGACUCAGUUCAAUACAUUAGUAGUGAAUAUACCAGGCAAAUUCCAGGAAUCGCGUAUCAAGUUCCCGAUAUAGAUGCUGUUGUUAAAGUUGUAGUCAAGGAUAAAGAUACCGGUGUGCAAGUAUCCUGUAUCCAAUCGAGUUUCACCAACGGGAAAACCAUUAGUCAAACUGGUGUCAAAUGGGCUACUGCUGUGGUUGCAGGGUUGGGUUUACUAAUUGCAGCAAUUUUGUCAACUUUUGGUAACUCAUAUGCUGCUUCACACAUCUCAGCAAACGCAGUUUCGCUUUUCCUUUAUUUCCAAAGCGUUGUUCUUGUUUCGAUGCAAGCAGUGGAAAGAGUUCCUCCUAUUGCUAGUGCCUGGUCAGAGAAUUUGGCUUGGUCAAUGGGGUUGAUUGAAAUUAAAUUUAUGCAAAAGAUUUUUAGAUGGUACAUCCAACUGACUGGUGGUUCUCCAACAACUUAUUUCUUGGGUGUUACCAAGCAAAUCUUGGUUCAAAAAAGGAAAAGAAGUUUGGAAUAUGUUGAAGGGUUGGGUAAAAGAGCAUUGGAUUUUGGUUUAAGAUCAAAUACAAAUUUAAUUGUCUUGAGGGGUAUUAAAAGAAUUGGCUUUAAUUCACAUAUCGAACCAACCUCGAUUGUUGCAACUGGUUAUACUUGGACAAUGUUAAUCGGGUACUUACUUGUUGGUAUUCUAAUCUUUUCCAAAUCAAUAGCGUUUUUGUUAACAAGAUCCAAAAAGAUGAAUCCAAGAAUUUUUACAAUCUUUAGAGCUGGUUUUCAUAAUGUUGUUAAGGGGUCAUUGUUGAGGUAUAUUUACAUUGCAUCGACUCAGUUGAUUUUGUUUUCAUUAUGGGAAUUCACUCAAGUUGACUCAGCAGCAGUGGUUGUUUUAUCAGUUUUAUUCCUCAUUUUGUUAAUUGCGGUUUUGGGAUGGUCAUUCUUUAAUGUAAUAAGAGUUGGUAUUCAAUCAACCAGAGACUAUAAAAAUCCUGCCGCAAAAUUGUAUGGAGACAGCAAAGUUUUAGAAAAAUGGGGUUUUUGCUAUACAAUGUUUCACGCAGACAAAUAUUGGUUUGGAACUGUAUUGCUAGGAUACAAUGUUUUCAAAGUAGUAUUUAUUGCAUUUUGUCAAGGUGGAGCUGGCAAAGUUUCUGUUUGGCCAGUUUUUAUUGCUGAUUUAUUUUAUACCAUAUUCCUCAUUUGGAAAGCACCAUAUUUGAACAAUCUAACAAAUGUCAUCAAUUACAUGAUCAGUGUUGUUUCCACCAUCAACUCAUUCCUCUUUUUAUUUUUUUCAGAUAUAUUUGGUCAAAAAGCUCCCGUAGCUUCAAUUAUGGGAUGGAUUUUCUUUAUUUUGAAUGCCGCUUUUUCAUUAAUCCUUUUAAUUAUGAUUGUUGUACUAAUGUUAUUCUCAAUAUUUACAAAAAACCCAGAUGCUAGAUUUGCACCUACUAAAGAUGACAGAUUUUCAUUCCAAAGGAAAUUUUCAAUACGGAACAAAAACAAGAAUCAAAUGUAUGAAGAGAAAAGUGGUCCUGUCCAUUCCAGUAUGGGCGCUGGUGCUGAGGAAUUGGCAGCUUUAAGUAUGGCAGCACAAGACCACUCACAGGAUUGGGAAGCUCAAAUGUAUAAAUUGAAUGAACUAUCUCAGGACAAUUCAGAUAUUCCCGCUCCUUUACAAGAGGGCUAUGUUGUCUCACCAAAUAGAAAUGACAACAAUAAGGAAAUUAUGGAUUCUUCUUCGUUAUCUUCAUCGACUGAAAAGAGUGCUUGUGAGCCAAAAAGGAAGCAAUCAUUAGGCACGAAAUGGAAAAAUGUAAUAGCGAAUAGGUUAACAAUGGGAGAAAAAAAUCAACAGAAGGACAGUGGACAAGAACAUGAUGGAAAAAACACUAGAAUGAGCGAUACUUUAGUAGAUACUGGUUACAAAGAUGAGGACUUUGAGGAUGAUAAGGGAGAAGCCACUAAUUUAAGAAAUGCAACAAGUAAUGCUAAUAACAAUGACAGUAAUCCAUAUCUAAGACCAACACAUUUCAAUCGAGGAGAAGAAGAAAAUCCCGGGUAUGCCAACAUGACUAAUCAAAUACACAAAAGAAAUGAAAGCUUCAUUUCUGAAUUAUCUGGUAAGAAUCCUACUAAUACUAAGGAUUUUCUUUAG